AUGACCAAAUUUAGAGACGUUUCUUAUGGAUUGCAAAAACUAAGAGACUUUUUAUUGGGAAGAAAACAUAUUCUUCACGCUCGAUUUCUACCGAAUAUAGCUCCACGAACCAUACCUACAGCUGAUCUCCCUAGAGGACCAGACACUCCGUACUCACAGAAUUACUACUGUCGAAGAAAUGUUUUUCAUUCCGUACAUCCUCCGGUCGUAGCACCAAUAGCUGAAGGGCCGCCUCUCAUUCAGGAUCCAACCCAAAAAGUCAAAGUCGGCGGAGUUAGAGCGGAUGCGCUUUUGUUCGACUUUGCCCCAACCCCUGGCACUCCUUGGUGGUGGGAUGGUCAUUUCUACUAUGAGCUAGUGCCCGAUCCACCCGCUUCUCCUCCGCCAAAGGCCUCACAACCAGAUCCUUGUGCUCCUAAAAAGUAG